AAAUUUACUUGAAAUAAAUUUUGAAACUUACUUGAAGCGUCAUUAUCAAAUUUACAAAAUCAUGCAAACUUUCCGACAAUACCAAGAAAUAAUUAUAAAAAUAUUACAAUUAUCCGCGGUUUCUUCAAUGUCUUUAGAUCUUCAGAUGAAUGAAGAGAACGACCAAAAUUUUUGGACAAUCCAAAGAUUAAAAGAAAAUCGAACGGUUCUUUAAUAAGAUGCAAAUAUCGCUCCAAAUUCCAAACACAGAGAUGGAAUAUUUAAUCAAAUAUUCCAAAUCAACAUGAAAUUGCAGAGUGAGAGAAAUCUAAUAGUCCAAUCUAAACAUCGUAAUAAUACUGAUCGUCUCGUUUGUCUACGAUUGCAUGUGCACUUAAUGGAACUUUUGACGGUAGCUCGCCCGCUAAUCCUAUCAAUUGCAAUCCCAUCGAUCAUACUAAGAUGAUGAUACACUGAAAAGUUCUAUUCUCCUUAGUCUGGCGCACGUUGAUUGAUCAAUAAACUGGAAGACCCGGUACGGCCAGGUAAAACCGCCUGUUUCUCUACGUAGCAACCACUACAAACCAUAGUCUACCACGAAUUCUUUGUAUCGCUGUCUCUGAAAAAUUAUUCUAAGGCAUUUAUUAAGAUCUGGCGAUAUCUUAAUACUAGAAAAUUGAGACAAUAAAAGGAAAACCAGUAUAAAUAUCAAUAUAAACUGUAGAUAAGUAUUUGAAAUAUUGAGUUAUAUAUUGCAGUAUUGUCAGGUUUAUCAGAUGGAAAAGAAAAUACAAAACGCGAAAGAACAGUCUGAUUUUAACAGAUUUUAACAAGACAAUGUUAACAAGAAUUUAUCGCUAAUGAGAGAAUGCACGUAGUAAUAAACGUUAUAUUAAUAAAUAACAAAUAAUAUUAACUAUUUAUAUAAUAAAAUUUACAUAAAAAUAACUAAUAAAUGUCAUACUUGCUGAAAGACGAGUUUUUAACGCGAUUCUAAACAUGAUUGUACAAUACUUGUUCAUCAAAUCGUUCUAUCGAUAUUAAUCAACUCUAGAGUCACAAUUCUUCAGAAGUAAUAUUACAUUUCUCAUCCCAUUAUGCCUGAUAAAAUUCUCGUAAAUGGAAAUGCUUCACGUUUCAUACGAAGUGCUCAGCUUUGUGCAACAAGUUGAAAUAGAACUCUUGUAAGUCAACGCAACCUUGUCCCAAAUGUGGUGGGACACUAACCAGACGAUGAUAGACAUUGAAUUCCGAAUUAGCAGGUCAACAACCUUUCUUCUCUUCCGAUUAAUUUUUGGAUCACGUCUAUCAUCGUCAGGACCGGAGCAAAUUCUCCGCCGGUGUUCUUCGUGUUCCGUCGCGAACUCCUGCGCGCUAGUCGCUUUGCGGUACUCCAGAAACGUCGAUACUCAUAGCAGACGAGUUACCGAACUCGGCUGGUAUUAUAUCGAUGAACCGCGCCGACGGCCUUCUGGAACGAGCGGUUAACGAACAAUCACGUUCAAAGCCUAGCUCCGCCCACGAUUGGCGACGGUUGUCAGGCAAUCAUCCAGGAACCUUCCGCUGAAUCUUCAGCAAUGGUUAGGUUCCUCUCCUGGCGUUCGCCAGGUUAAAAUCGAACCCCGCGAGGCUCUUACAAUUAGUACUGCUUGCACCCUCUCGUUGGCAGUUGCCUCGGAGAACUCUCUCUUAGUCUAUUCGUACCUUCGACAGUUGCUUACAGCUCGUACAGCUUCGAUCGAUCAGAGUGAUAGUUGUAUCAGAGUGAUUGUUAAUGAAUUCGAAAACGCUUCUAUCAGUGUGAAAAGGACUCGCUUGACGAACAUGUAUUCGCGUAUCGGAUCUUUCCUUGUUAACACAUUUGAUGAAUUAUGAUCGUAAAACGAGAGAUUGGAAAGAUUAAUGUUGUUUCGCUCUUGCUAGGGUAGAUAUUUUAUUUCAUCCCAUUUUAUCACUCAUUACAUUUGUUUUCCAUACAAAGUAUGUAAUAUAAUCCUCGACAAUCAGAUCAAGUUAACAGGGUAUAUACAAAAUAUGUUAACAAGAUGGUUCGAUAAUAUGCACAUAAAUAUUCCUUAAGCAAGUUGUUGAGCAUUCCUUUUCGCGUUGGCAAAAGUGUUUUUCCAGUGCUUUAUCAAUGCUUCCAUUCUCGACGAGGCACAUGAUACAUCUUAAAUAAUACUUUCUUAAAUUAAAAAGUUAAAAUCAUGAGAGCAGGUCGUGAAGGAUCGAAGAUCGACCGACGUGGUCCGCAGCAGGAACAAGUGUCAAGAUCCUCGAUGUGAGAAUCACGAGAACGUAGACUGGACGCUCCGGACUGGAUUGGAAGAUGAAGAAUUCGGUUGCCAAGUAUCUCUUGGGGGUGGACGCAACAACGAGGGUGGAUUACACGGACUGGCAGGAGAAUGCCGAGGGCGGAAGGACGUCGCCGAUGGUAGACGCUGGCGAACGCGAGGACGAGGACGAGGCUGAUGAGAGAUAACGAAAGAUGAUGAAGGCGGUGUCGGGCAGCAGCAACAGAGUGAAAGAGCUUCAGGCCAUGCUGUUUCCGGUCCAACCCAUUCCAGGUGGCAUGUUUUCCGACCUACAAGGGCCACAGGAAUUGUUGCAAGCGUCACCGCUGGAACGUUACGACAGCUCGUCUCUAAGACGAGAUGCAGAAUCGGCGCUGUUCGCGAUUUCCUUGGGCUUCUCCAGGUACCGGUACUCGAAGGAGACUCUCCAGGCGGUUCUGGAUGCACGCUGCAUCAUUGAGGGAAACAUUCAGGAGGAAGCCAGGUGGCCAACCGAAUGUCAGGUAAUCCCAGGGAGAAUUCGUCACGUGGAAUACAAUCCUACCUCCGCAGAAGCUUUCUACGUUUCAACUGGAAGGGAACCAAAACCGAAGCCAAUCAACGACGAUCUCGGAACGGUGAUAUUUCGCUACUGUCCGACAAACGUCACCAAUUACUUUAGCCGAUCUUGCGUUGGUGGUAGUUCGGUAUUACCGUUCCCCUCGGAAUUCUCCGGACAGUCAACCACGUGUAUUAUGGAUAAUAAGGGGAGCACUAACGAGAACGACAUUUUCUUCGUCACCGAAGCGCCCCGGCCGAGGGAAGACAGCAUGGACUUGCGGUUCGAGUCGCGUUUCGAGUCCGGAAAUCUCGGCAAAGUGGUAAAAAUAACCGACACGUAUUAUCAGCUUUACCUGAGGAGGGAUCUUUAUACUCAGAGACACACGCAAUGGUUUUACUUUCGGGUGUCCAACACGAGAAGCAAAAUUACAUACAGAUUUUCAAUCGUGAAUAUGUGCAAGGAAGAAAGCCUGUACAACGAAGGACUCAAGCCUCUUCUCUACUCCACCGAGGACGCGCGCACUCGAUCUGUAGGAUGGAGAAGAUGCGGCGACAACAUUACGUAUUACCGCAACAGCGAUUCAAGCGACGAGGAGAGGGAGAGGCACACGCUGACGUUCAACAUCUCUUUUCCCCACGAUCGCGACAUCGUUUACUUGGCUCACUGUUAUCCUUACACGUACACCGAUCUCCAGGAGUAUCUCGGCAAGAUCGCGACCGAUCCUGCGAAGACGCGGUUCACCAAGCUGCGCUUGCUGUGCCGCAGCCUGGCCGGGAACGGCGUUUAUUACCUGACAAUCACCGCACCGACGCAUAAUGAUGAGGUACGCAGGAAGAGAGGCGUCGUCAUUACCGCCCGGGUGCACCCCGGCGAGACGCCGUCCAGCUGGACGAUGAAGGGGAUCAUCGACUUCCUCACCGGCGACACGAACCGCGCCAAGGAACUCAGAGAGAGGUUUGUCUUCAAGCUGGUGCCGAUGUUGAACCCGGACGGCGUUAUAGUAGGCAACAAUCGGUGCUCGCUGUCCGGGAAGGAUCUAAACCGACAAUACAGAACCGUGAUGCGAGAGAGCUACCCAUCUGUAUGGCACACGAAACUGAUGAUACGCAGGCUUCUCGAGGAAUGUGGGGUGGCGAUAUACUGCGACCUUCACGCUCACUCGAGGAAGCACAAUAUCUUCGCGUACGGUUGCGAGAACAAGAGGCCCGGAUGCAGCGGAAGACUGUCGGAACAAGUGUUUCCGCUGAUGCUCCAUAAGAAUGCAGCUGAUAAGUUCUCUUUCGAGAAUUGCAAAUUUCACGUUGAGAAAGGAAAGGAAGGAACGGGUAGAGUGGUAGUGUGGUCGAUGGGCGUUCAGAAUAGUUACACCAUAGAGGCCUCCAUGGGCGGCACCAAGAUUGGCUCGAGGUGCGGUACGCAUUUCUCCAUUCAGGAUUACGAGCAGAUCGGCAAGACCUUCUGCGAGACCCUCCUUGACUUUUUCGAUCAGGAUCCCAUCAAGGAGAAGCUUCGGAAUAAGAUCAUAGCCAGAUUAACGAAGGAGGGAUCGAGUGCCGAGGAGCCCAUCAACAUCGACUUGACCGAUUACUCAAGUGACGAAGGAGACACCUCACAGGAAAGUCUCUCGUCGGAAGAUCGAUUCGAGUAUACGGACCUCGCGUGGACCAGCGAGGGCGGAGAAUUCACGGCGAGUCGGCGCCGUUAUCUCUGCGUUCCUCCACCGUCACCAACCUUCAUUCCACCUAGAAGUGUUGGUCUCUUCAGGAGGCGAGCGAGAAGGGACGUGAUGGGAAGGAUCUAUCUGGAACGCAGGAGGAAUCUGGCGCAACGAGCCGUGAUGGACCUGCCAACCACGGAUCCAGGUAGCGAUCUGUGCGAUCUGACCGAUUCGGCCGACGAGAGUUUCGCCAGAAGCGAAGGAAAGAUGUGCGAAGUAGUAUGGAGAAAUACGCGAGAGCAUCGCGAAGAGAUCGUCGAGCUGUCCGAGGCGGGUCCGAUCGAGGAAGAGAAGCAACAAGACAAGACGCUGAUCCUACCGGAAAUCGUGAGACCUCGCAGCGUGUCUUUCGGCGAGCUCUUGCCGCGCAAGGAUCACCGAAAGACUCGUCAACGACAGCGAUGCCUGCGGUACCGUUCAAUACUUCGUUCCUCCCUCCUCAUUUCGUGACAUCGCCAAACAUUGAUUAGCAAAAGUUAUGAAUUAUUUAUCAGAGUAGAAGAACACGAAACGAUAUUAAAUAUCUUUUCUAUUCUCGUCAGUGUUUAUUAUCAACAAUUAUUUAAUCGAUUGCUGCUGUUUAAUCAAUCUAGAAGAACGCUGAGGAAUUCGUCGCCGGUGUCGCCAACGAGUCAGGAGGCGAAGGUCAAGUUGACGUCACUGAGACAGCAGAUCUGGAUGGGCGUACCAUCCGCCACGCAGAGCAACGACGCGGAACACCUCGUAUUCAAGACGCCACUAAGCUGGGGUGUUUCCAGACACGCUCUGAUGCACUAUCCCACGGACGGCGAGGUCACGCUGAAAUCGCAAUCGAAAAAAACGCAGAUCGUCGACGAGGGUGCUCGGGACGACGCGAGGAAGACGGCGCGGAAGAAGUCGCGGCGGAAGCGGCAGGCUGGCGUCGCGGAAAACGCUCAGCUGAAGGAAACCGCGGGAGCGGACGCUCGCAAGUCGACGAAGAAGAGGGAUCCGAGGAUGGACUGGCAGCGACUGGCGACAAAUCCGCGUUCCAGGAUCAAGGAUCACGCGAAGGAAGCGAGAACGUCGUUCCUCACGAUCGAGGCGGACUCGCUGAAGCUGUUGGAGUCGGCCAAGCAGCCGCAGCGGCCGCGGAAGCUCGAUUCGUCCCGGAAGAAGUUCCGCAGCGUCGGCGCGGUGGCGUCCAUGUGCGUCGCGAGGACCAGCGACGCGAAGUCGAGGACGCCGAGGCGACCGCACGCGUGUCGCCACGACGUGGCGCUCUUCUGCGAGAGCACGACGUCGGACGACUCCUCGUCGGACUCGGAAAAGCAGCCGAAGGCUGCAAAGAAGAAGCCGAAGAAGAAGAAACGGCCGCGGUCGCGGAAGCUGGCGACCAGGGGAGCGGAGCAAAGCAAGAACGGGACGAAGAAUUUGCGCAGUAACGUUUGAUUGUUUCUAUAAUACAAAAGAGAGAAAGAGAGAGAAAAAAAAGAAAGGGAUUGAGAGAAAUGGUGGAACAAUUUUCUCGGACGUUUCGAAUCUGUUUGAUCUAUCUGGAUCUACGAGUUUACUGGAUUAGCAUAGAUCUUUGUUUUGCGAUUAUUCGAAUGCAAACACAGGAAUACUUAUUUAAUUAAGUGUUAAAUAACGUUGUAAUGUGAUUGUUACAUUCCUAAUGUAUACACAUGUUG